AUGGCCUCCCGGAUUUGUCGUCCCUUCGAGGUCAUUCCUGCCGAGCUCAUUCUUGCGAUAAUGAACAACAUAGGCGUUCGUGAUCUCACGACAUUCGUCCUCUUGAACAAGAGGCUCUUCGGCAUUUUCAAGGAGAAUCAAGCUGCAGUCAUGACGACCAUUCUCGCUCGACUGGUAGAGUUCGAAUCUCUGCUUCUCGUGUACACUGUUGAUAAACGGGACUUUUCCCCAGAUGCCAUGCUGCACCCUCGGAGAAUCAGCGUCGACGUCGGCAGAGGCCCAGGUAAUCACGUGGAUCUUAUGCAAUGUGCCGUCGGGUUCAGAGACGGCAAGCUGAUCUGUCCACGAAAGAUUGUUCUAAACUCUACUGAUCUUGGUCGUAUAUGGAACAUGGUGAAAGUAGUCGAUUGGUGGGUCGAGGAGUACCCCAGGCAUCGAUGGCAUAAAAACCGAGAGGACAGUCGCUGCCUAAGACGAAGCGAAGAGCUCAGGUUGCGUGGAGCCGUUGCGAGAUGGUGGCUUUACUCUGAGUGUUUCCAUGGUGUCUACGCCUCAUACGCAUGGAUGCCCAAGAUGUGGGAACCCGAUGAUAGGCUUCAUCAUUUGCGUGUCAUGAGUUCCAUGGAGAUUCGGGAGCUGGAGGAUCUCUGGGAGACGCUGCGGGUCACUGUUCAACGGGAUAUCUGCUCAUCUAUCUCAGUCGAAGACUGGAAGCCCAUACCUUGGGGAUGGGACGAUUGGCGCAGCAAGCAUAUCGUCAGCACUUACAUGAAGUUGGAUCCACGACAACUGAAAGACCUGAUGGAGAAUGCGCUGCGGCUUGGAAAAGCGGGUAUCAUCUAUACCGCCAGGAAAACCCAGCCUGACUUCACCGCCGAGCAAGAGACGUUGUCUUGGUCCAUUGAUGUUGUUCUCCAAGAGAGACUCCUCCUCAAGUCAAACGCUGUUACAGAUAUUCCGUCAAGCGGCAUCAUUGAUGAUGACAGCUGGUGUGACGAGCAGGGAUUGUUCACGGCAGAUGCUUGGCCAACAGGAAAGCCUCCGUUGAGCAAGCAGGAACUCUUGUCGUAUCCGAACUUACCCCAUAGGCCCAUCCCGUAUGGCGACGAUGGUCAUGACUUAGACUACGAAGGCUAG